AUGAAUGGUGUCCUCCACUAUUUCUUAUUAACUUGUUUAAGUAUCGAGUUCAUCUUGGGAAAUGUUGGCAAUGCGUUCACAGUGCUGGUAAACAUCAUGGACUGGAUAAAGAGAAGACAAAUCUCUUUCAUAGAUAAGAUUUUCACUGCUCUAGCAAUUUCAAGAAUUGGUUUUCUCUGGACACUAAUCACAAGCUUAUUGGUACGUAUACUGCAUCCAGACUUAAUAAUGACUAGAAGAGUGGUGAGAAAUAUUAAUGUCUCCUGGACAGUAACCAAUCAUUUCAGCAUCUGGCUUGCUACUUGUCUCAGCAUUUUUUAUUUUCUCAAGAUAGGUAUUUUUUCAAACUCUAUUUUUCACAUAAGGUGGAAAGUUAAAAGAGUGGUUUCAAUGACAUUGCUGGCAUCUUUGCUCAUCAUCUUUUUAAACAUUUUAGUCGUAAACAAAUGUGUUGAUGUCUGGAUUGAUAUACAUCAAGCAAAUAUAUCCUACAGUGCUAUCUUAGAUAAUUCUAAUGCAGUUGCUAAGCUUAUUUUACUCAUUAAUACUAUGUUCACACUCAUACCAUUCACUGUAUCCUUGGCAAUGUUUCUCCUGUUCAUCUUCUCCCUAUGGAGACAUCUAAAGAACAUGCAGCACAGUGCCAAAGGCUCCAGAGACAUCAGCACUGCAGCGCACAUAAAGGCCCUGCAAAUGGUGGUCACCUUCCUGUUACUGUAUACUCUUUUCUUUCUGUCACUUCUUUUGCAGUUUUGUAAAGCCGAAUUUAUGAAGAAAGACUCAGUUACUCUGCUUUUCUGGGUUAUUGAAGUUUCCUUUCCUUCAUGCCACUCAUAUGUCCUGAUUCUGGGAAACACUAAGCUUAGACAAGCAUUCCUUUCCAUUGCGUGGUGGCUGAGACAUAGGAUUAAUGAUGCAAAACCCUCAGAUUCCUAA